ACACAUGAAAUACCCACCGUACAAAUGCAGCAAAUAUCACUGAACUUUCCACGUGUCCUCUCCACACUCCCCACAUCUCACACCACUCCAAUCUGCACUGUAACACUUUUUCUCUCUUCCACGUUUCACCAAGUAAAGACACUGUCACUGCCACUGUGUUCUGAGUCCUAUAAAUCUCUUUGCUUCAAACAAAGCACAAUCUCUUUCUCACUAUCUUUUUGAGUCUUUUGUUCUGAAAGUCUUGUUGUUACUACAAAAGGUUGAAAAAUCCAAUCCUAAUUCAAUGGCUAAGUCUCUAGUAGUUUCCUAUGGUUGUAACAAGGUACCACAUAGUCUUCAACAUCGUACUUUGUAUCCAAACAAUUGCCACUCUCUUCCACCACUGAAGUCCACCUUAUCUUUGACCCUUCAAAACCAAAACCAAAAGCCUCUAUCUUUGAAAUACAAUUCGCUCACUACUUUGAUAAACCGACGAGUCAGUUCUCCGAUUACUGCUGCUCUUGACUCGGAUGUCCCACAUCCACUUCACCAGGGAUCAGUGAAAUUAAGGAGCAGUAAGAGCUUUGAGCAAUGGGAUUCAUUGACAGCAAAGUUCGCUGGAGCAUCAAAUAUCCCAUUUCUGUUGAUGCAACUGCCUCAGAUCAUCCUGAAUGCUCGCAAUCUUUUGGCAGGGAACAAAACAGCCCUUCUGGCGGUCCCAUGGCUGGGAAUGUUCACUGGUUUACUUGGAAACCUUUCACUGCUCUCAUACUUUACAAAGAAGAGGGAGAAGGAGGUGAUUGUUGUGCAAACAUUGGGCGUAGUAUCACAAUAUGUGGUAUUCCUGCAGCUUGCAAUGGCAGAAGCCAUGCCUCUACCUUAUUUUUUGAUUACUUCAGUUGUUGUCGCAGCUGGGCUUAUAUUGAAUUUCACGAAUUAUUUUAAUUUGCUCGAUGCCGGAAUCUGGCGCUUUUGGGAAGAUUUUAUCACUGUUGGCGGGCUAUCUGUCCUUCCCCAAAUUAUGUGGUCUACAUUUGUCCCAUAUAUACCGAAUAGUAUCUUGCCAGGGGCAAUAGCUUUUGUUAUAGCUGUCAUGGCUGUUAUUAUGGCACGAAUGGGUAAACUUUCUGAGGAAGGUGUCAAAUUUGUUGGAGGAAUAUCUGGGUGGACGGCUACACUUCUCUUCAUGUGGAUGCCAGUUUCACAAAUGUGGACAAAUUUCCUGAAUCCUGAUAACAUCAGAGGCUUAUCAGCUUUCACGAUGUUACUCGCUAUGAUGGGAAAUGGACUUAUGAUUCCACGUGCCCUCUUUACUCGUGAUUUUAUGUGGUUUCUUGGUUCAACUUGGGCUACUUUGUUUUAUGGAUAUGGGAAUAUUCUAUGUUUGUACUGUUUCAACGCCACUAGUAGGGAAUUCUUCUUGGCAGCAACGAUUGGUUUGUUUUUGUGGCUAGGAAUGGCUCUGUGGAGAGACCCCCUAGCGUAUGGAUACAACUCACCUUUGAGAUCCUUAAAAGAGUUGGUUUUUGGUUCUUGACUUGAAGCCAAGUUGAUGCUGCAAAUGGAGCUCAACUGAUGUAGAAGUGACGUGGUCUCAGAGCAUAAAAUGCAACAAUUCUUUUUCUGCUGGGAUGCUGGUGCAACAUCUGCGACAAUAGUGUGCCACCCUACAAGCUUCAAUCAUACAGCAUUUUCACCGUAUUACCACUGCUUUUUAUCUAUGGAGGGAACGCGAAAUAGCACAUUGUAACUUUUAAAAUGAUAGUAUAAAAUCAGCUCCAAAAUAGUCCAGCAUGUAGCAUAAUCUCCUAUAAUAAUUUGUCCAAUUUUCAUUCACUGCUUGUUUAAUAGUGUUCUUUCUCUCUAGGAUCAAAUGCCCUCAUUUGUUCAACUUAUUUGUUAUUUGUUCAAAAAUAAAUAAGGCUACAAGGGAUGUUAAUAUAAUCAUCUCCGUUGGAACA